AUGCCUGGGAUACAGUACUAUGAUGGAAAGAAGAUUAAUAUCCCUAUAUCUCAUGAAGCUGGUAUAGAACUGCAUGAAAAAUGGACUCAUCAAGGUCUGAGCAGCCUUAUGUCAGCUAUAGCUAGUAAAAUUUCACGAGAUCUGAAUGAAUUUCAUCGGAAUAAAUUGUUUAAAUGCUCAAAGAAAGCUGAAAAUGUGCAUGAACAUGCUCGAUGCGUUGUUGCAGCAUUAGACGCACAAGAAGCAAGAAAGAGAUUUGCAAAAAUUAGAAGUCCAUUUCGAUUAUUGGAUGAAUAA